UCAGCUCUGGCAUCGAUACAUAUGAACUAUUAGAAGCCGGAAAAAUAUUUAAAAAUUCAAACUUUGAUAGAGAACGCCGGACUGUACUUUACUCACAUGGAUAUAUGGACUCGACGGACGGAGAUCAUAUUAAGUUAUUUGUAAAUGCGUACAAGAAGACUAAUGAUUUCAACAUUUUGUUAUUUGAUUGGAGAAAACUAGCUUCGUCCAUGUAUCCAUCAGCAGUUUGGAAUAUGCCAAAGUUGGGCGAAGAGCUUGCUAAAUUCAUCUUAAAAGGGACUGUUCAGGGAUAUGUUAUAACUAACUGGCAUCUACUGGGUCAUUCGUUAGGCGCGCACUUAUCGGGGAUUGUGGGUAAACGAAUAAAAAUGUUAUCAAACGGUUCGGUCAUCUUACCGAGAAUUAGUGGCUUAGACCCUGCUGGUCCUGGGUUUUACGGACUUUCUCUCGGCACUCAGCGAAUUAGUAAGAAUGAUGCUGUUUUUGUUGAUAUUAUUCACACAGAUGCUGGUGUGUUGGGUGCUGAUGUGAACACGGGAACUGUGGAUUUUUGGCCGAAUUAUGGACGCAGAUUGCAGCCAGGAUGUUCAUUAUUCACCGAAAUAUUGGGAUGUAGUCAUUCGAGAGCGGUAUAUUAUUGGAUAGAAAGCGUUGAAAAGAGAGGCAAAGACGGUUUUACAGCAAAAUUCGAGCGUGCACCUAGAACCGAAAUUCGUAUGGGAAUUGAUUGUCCAACAGAGUGUUCCGAAAAACUCCGAAAGGUUCCGAAAAACUCCAAAAGGUUCCGAAAAACUCCAAAAGGUUCCGAAAAACUCCAAAAGGUUUCGAAAAACUCCGAAAGGUUCCGAAAAACUCCGAAAGGUUCCGAAAAACUCCGAAAGGUUGCGAAAAACUCCGAAAGGUUCAGAAAAACUCCGAAAGGUUCCGAAAAACUCCAAAAGGUUCCGAAAAACUCCGAAAGGUUCCGAAAAACUCCGAAAGGUUCCGAAAAACUCCGAAAGGUUCCGAAAAACUCCGAAAGGUUCCGAAAAACUCCGAAAGGUUCCGAAAAACUCCAAAAGGUUCCGAAAAACUCCGAAAGGUUCCGAAAAACUCUGAAAGGUUCCGAAAAACUCCAAAAGGUUCCGAAAAACUCCAAAAGGUUCAGAAAAACUCCGAAAGGUUCCGAAAAACUCCGAAAGGUUCCGAAAAACUCCGAAAGGUUCCGAAAAACUCCGAAAGGUUCCGAAAAACUCCAAAAGGUUCAGAAAAACUCCGAAAGGUUCCGAAAAACUCCAAAAGGUGGUUCCUGCACUGCUGCAGCUCAAGAAGUUUACAAUUCGAAAAUCAUCUUUCACUAUAAUUCGGGAAACGAUACAUAUGGCCUAUUAGAAGCCGAAAGAAUAUUGGAAAAUUCAAAUUUUGUUCGAACGCGUCGAACUGUACUUUACUCACAUGGAUUUAUGGCCACGACUGACGACGAGCGCAACACAUUAUUAGUAGAUGCGUAUAAAAACACCAACGCCUACAACAUUUUGUUAGUUGAUUGGAGAGAACUAGCUGCCUCUUCAUAUCCAACAGCUGUUUUGAAUAUGGCGAAGUUGAGCGAAGAACUGGCUAAAUUAAUCCUUACAGCGACAGAUCAGGGGUAUGCUAUAACUAACUGGCAUGUAUUAGGCCAUUCGCUAGGCGCCCAUUUAUCGGGGAUUGUGGGGAAACGAAUAAAAGGGUUAUCAAACAGUUCGCUGAUCUUAUCGAGAAUUAGUGGCUUAGACCCUGCCGGUCCCGGAUUUUACGGUGAAGAAGUAAUAGGUCAACCAAUAAGUAAAAGUGAUGCUGCCUUUGUGGAUAUUAUUCAUACUGACGCUGGCGUAUUGGGUGCUAAUGUUAACACAGGAACAGUGGAUUUCUGGCCGAAUGGUGGAAAAAAUCAACCGGGAUGCUCAUUUAUAGAUGGUACGGGUAUUAAUUGAGAAUCAUCAACUGGAAGGUUUUAUUAUGACGGGGAGACCGAAGAGAGACACCAUCCUCCAUUAGACCACAGUUUGAUACGUAUUCUGUAUUAGUCCAUUAGUACUUCAGACCUGACUUCAGACGAAAAAUGAGGUUUCAAAGUCUAACCGAUGAGGAAAUGAUAUGCACGUGAUCUGUUGUCCUGUUCUUAAAAUUUAAUUUUUCCUAUUGCAGUUGUAUGCAGUCAUUCGAGAGCGGCAUAUUAUUGGAUAGAAAGCGUAGAAAACAGAGGAAAAGUAAUAUUCACCGCACAAAAUGAGCUUAACCCAAGAAUUAAAAGUCGUAUGGGAAUCGAUUGUCCUACCAAUACACCGCCUGGUAGGUACAACCUAUCCACAAAUGAUACACCGCCUUAUUCACUCGGCUAGUUGCUAUUUGAAUUCACAUUUUUCUUGUAAAUGAAAACUUGACAUGAAAUUUAGCACCUAUAACAAUAAAUUUGACA